AUGCCUCAUCUCCAUGAUGGCGAACAGGAACUUCCUACAUGGCGGCGGAAGUUUUCACUCAUCCCAGGUGGGUUCUCUGCUGGUCCAGACUCUUCUACAAGGUGGAAGGAAUGGAAACAGGCUUUGAAGUUUGGUAAGCCGAGAAAGUCGUCUGUUGUUGCCAAAUCACCGGCCCCAAAACGUCCCCAACUUGAUGAGUCCGAAGAGGCUGCAAGAAUACGAGCUUCAAACAUGGUUACUUGUCUCAUUGCGGGUUCCCCUGCAGCAUUGAUCCUGGCCUCGAACUUUUUGAAAGAUGAGCAUGGAACGAGAAGGGCCCCACUAUUGCUGAAUCAACUUGCAAUCAAGCUUGAAGAUGUAUCCAGACCUGGAAGUAAACAUACAAAAUAUCGCAUAAAUUUAGAAUAUGGAAUUGGAUCUAACAGACUCAAGUGGCAUGUGAUAAAGGACUUGAGAGAUCUUGUUAGCUUACACUCAAGGCUUAAAGUUGCAGUUUUCCAGUCAAAGAGCUUGAAGGGAUUCAAACACACAGAGAUACCAAAGUUUCCAAAAGUCCUGUCCAAGGAUAUGGAACCUGGACGUUUGGAACAUCCUACGUUCAAUGAGACGUAUCUAUCAACCCCAAAGCCAGCUAGCAAUAGGUUUGAUGUUCCAAGACCGAGUCAAAAUAGAAGACAUGGAAGUCUGUCAUCUGGCUCAUCAGACCAUUCGGGUGGACUCGUGGACCGUAUUCAUAGAAUAGCCUCUAGAAUGUCUAUCAGUGAUGAGAGGGGGAUUGACAAUGAUAGAGAACAGUUCAGAAAAAAAAUCGAGAAUUAUUUGAAUCAGUUGAUUUUGGCAUUCGCAUUGAAAGCUGAAGCCAAUAGAUUAUUUCAAUUUUUUGAAUUAUCUCCAAUUGGAGUUCUCUUAAGCUAUGAACACGGAUUUCAAGGAAAACAAGGUUACAUGAUUGUGGGAUCAUCUUCAAAAGCACAAGGUUGGAGAGUCGGGCAUUGGAAGUUCAGUGAUAUUAAACAGAUGGUUCAGAGACACACAUAUAAAUGGUUUCUCGUGAGGGACUCUUACAUCAUGUAUGUGUCUGAUAUAUACUCUACAACUCCACUAGAUGUGUUCCUUGUUGAUAGCAGCUUCAAAAUUACAUACCAUGGGGAGGAUAACUCUGUCUCACCUCUUCAGUUUGAUAACGAUAAUGAAUCAUUCUAUGACGAUACUGCAUCUAUCGAUGAGAGCAAACCACCCAGAUCAGGGAAAACGCUACCCCAUGUUGUGAUUAAGCUUGAAAACGGAGAACGUGAACUUAAAAUGAUUGCAAAGUCAAAGAAUCAAGCAAUAAUGUGGGCACAGUCUAUACAAAACAUGCAGAAAAACACCAUCUGGUCAUCCAGUAACAGAUUCAAUAGUUUUGCUCCAGUAAGGGAGAACUGCUUCGCACAAUGGCUCGUUGAUGGAAGAGAUCACUUUUGGGCUCUCAGUUCAGCAUUAGAGAUGGCAACUGAUGUGAUCUAUAUACACGAUUGGUGGUUAUCUCCUGAAAUAUACAUGAGACGCCCAGCAAAUGGUAACCAAGAGUGGCGUCUUGAUAGAAUAUUGAAAAGAAAAGCUGAAGAGGGAGUUAAAGUUUUUGUUAUUGUUUACAGAAAUGUUGGAACGACUGUUGUUACAGAUUCUCUUUGGACCAAACACUCCUUGAUAGACUUACAUCCAAAUGUUCAUGUCCUCCGUUCUCCAAAUCAGUGGUUACAAAACACAUUUUUCUGGGCUCACCAUGAAAAGUUGUGUAUUGUUGAUCAUGCUGUUGCUUUCGUUGGUGGAAUUGACUUGUGCUUUGGAAGAUACGAUACACCUGAUCAUGUUUUAGUUGACGACUCUCCAUACGACUUUGGUAGCGAGAGAGAUGCAUCGGAGCAAGGAAUUCGAUUCCAAACUUUCCCGGGAAAAGAUUACUCUAAUCCUCGAGUAAAAGAUUUCUACGACUUGGACAAACCGUAUGAAUCCAUGUAUGACCGCCAAGUUGUUCCACGUAUGCCAUGGCAUGAUGUCCAUAUGAUGGUUGCUGGUGAGCCAGCAAGGGAUUUGGCAAGGCACUUUGUGCAGAGAUGGAACUACUUAUUGAGACAGAAGAGACCAUCAAGACCAACUCCACUCUUGAUACCUCCAACCAGCUUUACCCCAGUGGAAUUGGAAAAAUACGAUUUAGCAGGAACUUGUGAGGUGCAACUAUUGAGAUCAUCUGGUAAUUGGUCCCUUGGAUUACAAAAGCAUGAGCAAUCCAUUCAAAAUGCAUACUUGAAAAUCAUAGAGACCUCAGAACACUAUGUAUACCUUGAGAAUCAAUUCUUCAUAACGGCAUCUGCAUUUGAUGGUACAGUUAUUGAGAACAGAAUCGGCGAUGCUCUUGUGGACAGAAUCAUUCGUGCACACAAUGAGAAGAAGAAAUGGAAAGCAAUAAUCGUCAUUCCUUUGAUGCCUGGAUUUGAAAGCCAAGUCGAUGAAGCUGAAGGAUCCUCGGUAAGGGUCAUUAUGCAAUGCCAAUAUCAAUCAAUAUCAAGAGGUACGACAUCAAUAUUUGCCAAGUUGAAAAAGAUGAAGAUCAAUCCUUACGACUAUAUACAAUUCUACUCCUUAAGAAAGUGGGGAAGAAUUGGCCCUGAUAGAACGGUUGUCAGUGAACAGUUGUAUAUACAUGCAAAAAUAAUCAUCUCUGAUGAUAGAACUGCUCUUAUCGGCUCAGCUAACAUCAAUGAAAGAUCUCAAAGAGGUAAUAGGGAUUCUGAGGUUGCAGCUAUUGUUAGGGAUACUGAGUUGGUGAACACAACUAUGGAUGGAAAACCAUACAAAGCAGGAAAGUUUGCCCAUACAUUAAGAAUGAGGUUGAUGAGAGAGCAUUUGGGUAUUGAUGUUGAUAUCUUGGAUAUUGUUGAGAGACGUUUCAGUAAGAUUGAAGAGUUGGCAAGAGAAACCAAGACUGGCCAACAGUCGAAGACUCACAAUUUUAGUAAUAAAGAUCAUGAAGUACAAUCUUCUAUGGUUGAGUUAGCAUCUAGGGAUGUUUUGAAUAUGCCGUCGGGAACAGAUAAAUGGAAAAAGUUUUGGGCUAACUCUACAACCCAGAUACCAACUUUGGAUAAAAGGUUUGAGGAAAUCAACAAGGAGGAUGACAAGAAGAAUAUUCCUGAGUUCUUGGUCUCCAAAUCACAUGACCCUGUAUAUUUAUCCUACCAUUCAUUCAACAAUCGUGCUAGGGAGCAAAAUGUGGGAAUACGUGAUAAGAAGCCAUUUUCUUCAGACUCCAGAGUGACCAACAACGAAGAGCAUAAACUUGAUGUCGAAGGUGAAGGCGUGGACAAGAUGAAGAGUAAGGCGUUCAAAAAUUACAAAUUGAAUGCUGCUAAGACAUUGAAGAAGUGGGCAACGGAGUCAUUGGUCAACGAUGCAACAGAUGUAUUCCUUCCUCACGUUGAACAGGUUCUAGAGUUCUUAGACGACGAUGAAUUGAUCUCAGAUCCUUCUAAGCUAACCAAUGAUCAAGAAUUAGCCUUGGCUGAAAGAAAUCAAGAGAGAUGGAAUAUGUUGAAAAGAAUUGCUUAUCUGCAAAGAGUUGCAGCUAAACAAAAACUUCAAGUUAAUGAUGAAAAUAUAAGACGUUCAAAAUCAAAUCUACCACCAUUGGAUCAUUCUGGGAUGCCACAGGAAGGACUAACAAAAACAGGAACCCUUGUCCAAGAUGCUGUAUCUGCAGCUGAUUUAAUGAGUCGCAGUAAUGACCAGUCCGCUGAGGAUUCUGAUUUGAACGAAAUUCAAGAUCUUCCAGGUGAGAACAUUCCAGUGAUUAACUUGAGCUCUGCAAAUGCACAACGCCUUGUUCAAUCUGUCAACGAUCUCAUUGGAGAACCAAAAUUUCAAAAAUUCAUUGACCCAUACUGCUUUGGAGAUCCUUUAGAAGAUGCCUUUUACGAAGAUGUUUGGUUCAACAAUGCUCAUAGGAACACCAUUUUAUUCAGAGAGGUAUUUCACUGUCAACCUGAUGAUACAGUUGCUACAUGGAAGGAUUACCAAACUUUCACAAAGUUAAACACUGCGUUUAGCCUGGCUCAAAAGCAACAAGCUGAUAGACGUCUCACUUCAAAGGUAUCGGACAGCAACUCUGAAACCUCGACAGUUGAUGAUAAGAUAUCGAGUCCAAGACGUGACUCUGUCCGUCUUGAAGAUAUUGAGGAAGUGAGCUCGGUUGAAGGUAUAUUGGGCAACGCUCCACCACCGCAUACUGACUCAGGUGUCGAUUCUUCUGGUAGCUCUGAUAUUCCAAAGAGAGGCAAAAGUGGCGAGUACGCAUUUCGUAAGAGAUCUCCACUUGGUGCUGAUCGUGUGUUUGAUCGUGAGACCGCUGAUAGAAUACUAAGUGAAGUUCAAGGUCACUUGGUUCUUUUCCCAACUGACUGGCUAUGGAAAGAAAUCGAAGGUGGUAACUGGUUCUACAAUAUGGAUAGACUACCACCUAUUGAAAUUUAUGACUGA